GCCACAAGAGAAAGUCAAAAUGCGACGAAGGGAUGGUGAGCGGAAGCGAUCGUCCCUUUCCUCCUCUCUGGCCAUGCUGCAGCGAUUGACGGUGUCCUCUCCGGGCCAGCCAUGCUCUUCUUGCGUCCUCCGAGGUACUGCCCACAGCUGCGAAUUCCCCGAAGCGUCCUCGAGCCCGACGCCCUCAGGCUCCGCUAGAGCUGUUCGCCCUCGCAAUCGCCUCCACGCCCACAAGAGGCCCCGACCGUCUUCCCAAGACGACGAGCGGAGCACCACGUCGUCAUCGGCAUCGGCAUCGUUUGCAGAGAUUGAGAAUCUUCGUCGAGGCCUUGGCCGCCUCGAGGAUCUAGUCAGAUCUCAUGCGAACACUUCGUCGGCAGAAGCCUCGGAAUGUCCCUGGUCACAUUCCACGUUGCACACGGCCGCCUCCCUUCCUCUUCCUGAUCGACUUGAGCGUCUGGAAGAUCUCCUUGCGAUUCUGCCCUGCCAAAGCGAUUGCGAGACUCUCUUCGACUACCUCCUGCAAGAGGCCGACUGGAUGGUGACUAACAUCAGUGCUCAGUGGCUUCAUCCCAUCUGGUGCCGCUUCGUCCAUGGAGGGCGUGUGACACAGUCGGAAAGCGUCGUGCUCGUCGCUUCACUCGCCGUCGCUGCUCUGCUGCUCAACGAAGGCCCCCACAUAUACUACUCGACGGCCGCCCAUCUGGGAUCGCUUCAUGUCACGCUGAUCAACCAUGUCUUUGCCCACGUUUCGACUCAGCGAGAGAAUGCGAGGCAUAACUUUACUGGCAUGGCGACAUUGUCUCUCUCGCCCCGCUAUUACCUUAACGAGCUCUUCGUCCUCGCUCUCAUCCUCGACUAUCUGCCCAGCGCAGGCCAUCGCAAGCCAGAAGACUGGCCACUCGUCAGAGACUACACCCAUCAACUGAUCCAAUUGACUGGUCUCACGGACGAGAGCACUGUGCUAUGGCAAGGUCUGAACGACCUGGAAACCGAAUUCGCUCGGCGAUUGAUGUGGCGUUUUGUCAGCUGGGACAGAUGGGUCGGCAUGUACACCGACCAAGGCAGCUCUAGUCCGAUUCGCAAAGCCAAGAUCAACGUCGAGCAUCCUCAAUGGUUCUGCACGAGUCUUGGGGCGCCUUUUCGUGCUGCGCCACCAGGCAACCGCCUGGUCAAUGGCGAGGAGCAGAGACCAGUAGCAUUUCGAGCGCCCACAAAGAGUGUCCCUCGCGUGUUCAGGCUCAAGCAGCAAUCCGAGAUGGAUGAGAUCCCCAUCCUUGGGAAGCUCUUUACCAGCCUCUCUGCUCAUGUCGAGGCCGUCUCCGACCACAUUGUAGCCAUCAAGGCUUGGCGUGGACAAGAAGAAAAAGGCAAGGCUAGUUCGGUGGACCAUCGGAGAGAAGCGCUUCUACAUCAGGGGAUUGUUAUCUGCAACGAUAUCAAAAGGUGGAAGCACAGCAUCCAGAAAGACUGCGCUGAGCCCGACUUUCUUGACGGAAGCGACUACUUUGCUUGUCGAAGGGCCAGUCAAGCAGCUGUCAUCCAUGUCGGCUGCCGACAGAUUCUCAACGCCCUCUUGGGCGCCUGGGUAACGGAGGAGUCGAUCACGGACGUCAGCUCGCCCGUCCUGACGCAACUGCAGCGCGAGGCGUUCAGCAACGCCAGAGAGUCUGUCCGAUCCAUCGACGUGAUGAGGGUGCUCUUGUCGUGUGGCAAGGUCGUCCAGAUGCCCUGGGCGGCCAUGGCCUUCUUCAACGCAGCUACAACGCUGGCCAUCCCGCUGCUCAGCGCAAGCAGGCUCCGGGGAGAAAUACCCUCCUACGCCAAAGACGACAGCGCACCCAUUGCUCGCAUCAAUUGUCUGCCUGAUUUCAGCAGCCCGGGCACCUCUCUAGGCCAGGUCAGAGCCGCAACAGGAAGUGGACGAACGCCAGAUACUCCAUCCUUCUACCCUAGCAGCGGGAGCAGCGAGACGGCCAGCAGCACGCCAAGAUAUGCGACCAGCACCGCUACCACAAUCGCUUCAGUCACCAGUCUUCCCCCGGUGCUGAAUAUGGACGAGAUGCGGACAUUGGCUCCCGACAUUCUUCGCAUCCUCGACAUUCUGCCCUUGUGCAAGGCCAACCCGCUGAGCGACGAAGCACGGCAGCGUCUGGCCAUGCUCGUUGACAUGUACGGCGUCGGGCACAGUCACUCGUCGCAGCACGAGCAGCAGCCAACCCCUAGGGUAUCUGAGCCUUUCAUCCAACCCAACGCAGCCUCAGAGACCGCAGACGCGCCGUCUCGCAUGGGCGACUACUGGACUGCGCUACCCGAAGGCGGUCUCUCACAGCCUGUCCAGAGGAACAGCAACGGCCGGCUCAGCCCCGACUUUGGCAGCGUCGGCAUCUGGAGAGACUCGAGGGGCUUUACUGUCCUGGACUCUCUCGUUGCGCUCGAUGACACUUGGUGGGAGCACCUCCUUUCAUCGGGAACUGACGCUGGUGUGUCUUGAGUGUCGUCUUUGCCGCUGUGCCACUGGUAGAGGUCAUCUUCCCUUUUAAAAGAAUUACUGGCAGUGGUGGCGUGGCUCAAGCUCAUGUAUCACCUCCAUCGCACGCGGUAGGGCGAAUGAGCGAUGCACUUGGUGUGGGGGCCGCCUGUUCAGCACAAUCUCGGUAGUGGUUGCAUAGUGUAAUCUACAGUACAGUACAAGUACAUGUCAAAUGGAAGCGACCUUUUUAUUUUGCCC